AUGAGAUGGACGAGAUGGUUCUGUCAAAAAUAUGUGGCGGGAGACAACCGGAUAGGGAACGGGCGCAAGAAGUAUGUCAAGAAGCACCCAGAUAGAGUGCGCAAGGUUCCAAGUCGGAAGUUACAAGACAUAUUUCGAUUCAGACGUCACAUGUCCCAGCAUUCGCACGAGGUUGGUCUAGCGAAUCUACCGUUUACAAGACGGGGACGUAAGGCAGCUACCACUGAGGAGAAAGAACGUUCGCGGAAGCACUUCCGGCCUCAAGAUGAUGCCAGCAACACCCUCUCUCCUACUCCGGCCCCAGAUCCCCAGAAUGCUCCCGCCCCACUACCUCCGCCACCAGUUCAGAACCAUGCUCCGGUCCACAAUCAUAAUGCCAUCGCCGGCCCAUCCAACAUCCAACAGCCUGCCGCCACAUAUCCUGCCGCCGUAUCUGCGCUUGCUCCGUUGCCCAGCCAAUCAUCCUACCAGCCUCAACAGGCGACUUACCAGCAGCCUACCCCUCAGCCGUAUCCUCCACAUACUCACGUCGACCCCAAUGCCACUCGGCAAGAUCGCUGGGACAACAUGUCCACACUUUUCAACUCCGUGCGCGAACACGCUCGUAAUUUCGCCUAUCCUGCCGUCAGCGUGGCUGCACUGGAGACCAUCUUAAUCAGGUUGUAUCUGGAAAGCCCCGUCGGAUCGAUUGCCAGUCCACAUCAGCAGGUCCCGGGCCAGCAUGGCCGGCCUCAAGCCAGCAAUGGCGUUCUAGAAAGCCCACCAUAG